AUGACUGAAGAAGAGCAUUUUGAUGCAUCUGCAUCAGCAUCCGAGCCUGUUGGAUAUCCAGGAGGACCGUAUGAUACAUCGCUGUUAGUUAAGUACGAACAUCAUGUUGCUAGACAUAUAUGGUUCGGUGAGGAGAGAGGGUCGAAGAAAGAGUUAAAGGUAGCGGGACACGGUCUGAAGUUGAUUCAGAGGGUUCCACUACAGCUACCCAGAGAGAUGGAGGGCUGGAUAUCUAGGUCUAUUCUAGCUUCACUCUAG